AUGCAGUACCAGCCCCCGGUCUCGUCGCGGCCGCCGGCCGGCCGUCCGUUUGAGCUGCGUGCGCGUGUGCCGGACAGCUUUGCGCAUAAUGUGACGCCCCUGACGCCGGUCCACUUUCUGCUGCGCGCGGCGCUUGUGCGGCCGGACAAGCUGGCGGUGGUGCACCCCGAGCAGCAUUACCAGUUUACCUACGCCGAGUGGGCUGCGCGCGUGCUGAGCCUCGCGCUCGCGCUGCAGAGCCUCCCGGGCUGGGGCCAGGGCGAGCGCGUGGCGGUCAUCAGCCCCAACGUGCCGCUCAUUGCCGACGCGCACUACGGCGUGCUGGCCGCGGGCGGCAUCAUCACUCCGCUCAACUAUCGCAACACGCCCGCCGAGAUCGAGUACAUUCUCCAGCACGCAGGCGUGCGCGCCGUGCUCGUCGACCACCAGGUGGCGCACCUCGUGCCCAAGUCGCUGCCCGCGUACGUUACCGUGGUCGUGUCGAAGGACUCGGGCGGCCAGGAUCCCGAGGACGCGUACGAGGCCUUCCUCAUGCGGGGCUACGAGCGCUGGCAGGCGCUGCAGCGCGUGCCGGGCGCGCCGCGCGACUGGGGCCUGCUCGAGCAGGCCGCCGACGAGCUCGCGACGUGCGCCCUCUGCUAUACGUCCGGCACGACGGGGCGCCCCAAGGGCGUCGAGACGACGUUCCGCGGCUCGUACCUCGCCGCGCUCGGCAACGCAAUCGAGUCGGAGCUGAACGGCGACUCGGUCUACCUGUGGGUCCUGCCCAUGUUCCACUGCUGUGGCUGGACCUUUCCGUGGGCGGUCACGGCGACGAUGGGCACGCACCACAUGCUGCGCCAGGUCGACUACGACAAGAUCUGGGACGCCCUGGUGAACGGCGGCGUGACGCACUACUCUGGCGCGCCCACCGUGCAGCUCGGCGUGGUCAACUCGGACAAGGCGCAGCGCCUGCCGCGCGCGGUGAAGGUGUCGGUCGCGGCCAGCGCGCCGACCGCGCACCUGCUCGGCAAGAUGGAGGGGCUCCAUCUGCUGCCCGUGCACGUGUAUGGCCUCACGGAAACCUACGGCCCGAGCAACCGGCGCCUUUGCGAGCCGACGUGGCGCGCACUGGACCUCGACACGCGCUCGCGCCUGCAGGCGCGCCAGGGGCACGCGAUGGUCACGAGCGACGAGACGCGCGUCGUGCGCCGCACCGAGGACGGCGCGCCGAGUGCCGUCCUCGAGGACGUGCGCCGCGACGGCAAGGAUGUCGGCGAGAUUAUCAUGCGCGGCAACCUCGUGAUGAAGGGCUACUACCGCGACCCUGCGGCGACCGCCGAGGCGACGCGCGGCGGCUGGUUCCACACCGGUGACCUCGCCGUGCGCCACCCCGGCGGCGAGGUCCAGAUCCUGGACCGCGGCAAGGACAUUAUCAUCUCGGGCGGCGAAAACAUCUCCUCGGUGAUGGUCGAGCAGGAGCUCGCGUCGCACCCGUGGGUCGCCGAGACGGCCGUCAUUGCGCGCCCGCACCCAAAAUGGAGCGAGGCUGCCCACGCAUUUGUGCUCCUGAGCCGCCAGGGACAAGACGCCCUCCACGGCCUCGGCGCGGACGAGGCCGAGAAGAAGCUCACCGCCACGCUCCAGGAGCACUGCCGCAAGUACAUGAGCGGAUUUGCGGUGCCCAAGUGGUUCGCCGUCGUCGACGAGCUCCCCAAGACUAGCACAGGCAAAAUCCAGAAGCGCACGCUCCGCGACCGCUUCGCCAAGCUCUAG